UCUCCCUAAGGUUCAGACAAGUGUAACAGCUGAACCUUGUAUUCGAAUUUUUAAAACACUGAUAAGUGGACUUGAUAGACGAGUUUAAACCUAUUCAUGUGGACCUCGAGUUGGACAAGUGAACUGAGAAACUCAGAGCUAAACUAGUGGGAAUAGUUCUUACAACAAAACCUAGAAUAAAUGGGCAAUUAUUUGAUAAUCCUAGGAACCUGACAUUCGACCUUAGAACUUAGCAUAAGAUUGUGGACUCGACAAACGAGCUUAGAAAACAGAGUUGUGUGAUAGAAGGAAUUCAAGAUGCCUGAGUCUACCGUCCUCUCCGAACUUACUCACGUUGACCCUCCCACAACUAACUACAACACCUUAAAGAAUGAAGAGGAAAACUCAGGAUCGCCCAACGAGAGCGGCUUCAUGGUCAACAAGCGUGCCAUGUAUGAACCCGGCGCGGUUAUGGUGUGCUCUCAGAAACGAGCAUGUUGUGUAGUGACGCUUGGCUUUAUUGCCAUCAUUACUAUUGCACUUAUUGUUGCUUUUACAAAACCAGGAUGUCCAGAAGCAACUUACACUGGAGAACCAUUUCCAGGACAAAGUAAUCAUCCCACUGUCUCUCCUCCGAGCACACCGCCAACAGCCACCAAUGGAGAAGAAUUUCCUUGGGCAGAUGUUCGAUUGCCCUUUCAUGUUCGACCAUUGCAUUACGACAUCAGUCUCCAUCCCAACUUGACCACCAGACAUGUUCAGGGAGAGAUGACAAUCAAGCUUACUACUAUUGAAGAGACGACAGCUAUAAUCAUCCAUGGCCAUGAACUGAAUGUUUCACAGUAUUCAUUAAAAAACAAAUAUGGGAAACCCAUUGAAAUAAUCAAGUUUCUUAUAUACCCAAGACAUCAACAAUUGUAUCUCGGGUUAGAUGAGAUCUUGAGGCGUGGAAGUAACUACACUCUCAAGAUGAGUUUUGAAACCACAUUGAAGGAAGAACUUGAUGGAUUCUACUUGUCAUCUUAUAUCAAUGGUGAUGGAGAAAAAAGGUACAUUGCCACCACUCACUUUGAGCCUACAUCUGCCCGCUCUGCCUUCCCAUGCUUUGAUGAGCCUCACCUAAAAGCCAAGUUUCACUUAAGUAUUUACCGAGAUUCACAGCACUUUACCCUCUUCAAUAUGCCUCAACAAACAACAGUACCGGUCGAAGGCUCUGAUCUGUUCCUCGAUGAAUUUCAAGAGAGCGUGGAAAUGAGCACGUACUUGGUGGCGUUUAUCGUGUGUGAUUACGACCUCGUGUAUAAUUUUACAGAGCACAAUGUCAAAGUGUCGGUCUAUGCUCCACCAAAUAUGAUAAACCAAGCUAACUAUUCAUUACGUAUAGCAUCUCACAUACUUGACUAUUAUGAUAAAUUCUUUGGUGUGGCAUAUCCAUUGCCAAAACAAGAUUUAAUUGCAAUCCCGGACUUUGGAGCUGGAGCGAUGGAGAACUGGGGUCUGAUUACAUACAGAGAGACAGCUCUUAUGUUUGACAAGAAUAACACAUCCUCAAGGUCACAACAGAGGGUAGCUGUUGCCAUAGCCCAUGAGUUAGCUCAUCAGUGGUUUGGCAAUCUUGUCACAAUGUCAUGGUGGAGUGACUUGUGGUUAAACGAAGGCUUUGCGAGCUUCAUGGAGAAUAUUGGUGCUGCAGUGGCUGAGCCGGGCUGGGCCAUGGAGGAACAAUUUAUAGUAGAGAAGAUGCACCCGGCUCUCUCACUGGAUGCUCUUCUGGCCUCCCACCCUAUAUCUACACCAGUGACCGACCCUGCACAGAUUGAAUCUAUAUUUGAUACAAUAUCCUACAAAAAGGGAGCAUCUAUCAUUAGCAUGCUUGAGUCCUUCAUUGGUCGUAACAUGCUACAAGAGGGCCUCAGACUAUACCUAGAUUCCCAUCGAUAUGGUAAUGCAGCUACAGAUGAUUUAUGGGAGGCACUAACAACAGUCACAAAGAAACAUGGUAAAGAGUUAGAUAUAAAGGGCAUUAUGGACACAUGGACACUGCAGGCUGGUUUUCCUCUCAUUUCUGUUAGCCUACAAGAUGGUCACGUGACAGCCAGUCAAGCACGAUUUUUGGUGUGUGAAGAAAAUGUGACAGACCCAAAUGAACCCCUAAAUACAACACUGGGGUACAGAUGGCAUGUGCCAUUGACUUACAUCACUAGUGGCAAUCCUCAUAACCAGACAAUGCACUGGAUGAAUCUAACAGAUGUUGAUUUUGAUGUGGCCAGGGACACAAAGUGGAUCAAAGUCAACGUCGGUCAGAGAGGCUUUUACCGAGUCAGCUACGACAUGGCUGGCUGGGAGGCUCUUAACAAUGUUCUACAGACAAACAUUGAUACACUCUCUCCCGCAGACAGAGCAUCAUUAAUUGAUGAUGUUUUUACACUUGUCAAUCCAUUCUGCACUACCAUUCAGAACUGGGCCGGCACCGUCAGUGCUACGGUUGCACUGGAUCUGAGUCUGUACCUGAAGAAGGAAACAAAAUACAUCCCCUGGCACACAGCUCUUGGACACUUGUUCAAAUGGGUCAGGCUCAUAUUUAAUUAUCCAGCGCAUACCCUGAUGCUCGACUACAUACACACACUCGUCAGACCUCACUAUGAGACGAUAGGUUGGAAUGACACCGGUACUCAUCUAGAGAGAUUGCUGCGGUCAGAGGUGUUAUGGGCAGCUGUCCAGUGUGGUAACUCUCAUGCCAUACAGGAAGCACAACAGCGGUUCUCCAGCUGGCGCACCAAUAAUGACUCAAUCCCUCCUAAUCUCCGAUCUGUUGUCUACAGUACCGGAGUGAGAUAUGGCACAGAGGAAGACUGGCGGCACUGUUGGCAAGUCUAUAACUCCUCCUCAAUCCCAAGUGAGAAAGGGCUCAUGUUGAAGGCCAUGGCUCAGACUCGGGAUCCUUGGCUCAUGCAGCAAUACUUAGAGUACACAUUAGAUGCCACAAAGAUCCGGCCUCAAGACGUGAUGACGGUUCUAAAGCAAGUCAGCAAAAACCCAGGUGGAAGGCUGUCAGCGUGGCGAAUGGUCCGCCAACACUGGUCACAGAUCUCGCAGCUCUUUGGUCACGGGUCAUUUACCAUGGGGGCAAUCAUCAAGGCCGUGACUUCUCCUUUCACUUCAUCGUUUGAUCUGGGAGAGGUUGAGGCAUUCUUCAAGGAUGUUGAUGUCGGACCCGGAGAGAGGGCUCUGGCGCAGGCAUUGGAAACCAUCCGCUUGCAUAUUCAGUGGCACGAACACAACUUAGAUUCUUUAACAAGUUGGUUACAUCAGCAUCUCUCUCACUCACAAACUGUAAAGGGCAGUGGUGACUCUGCCUAGUGGAAUUAUUUCUUCCAGUUUGACUUAGCUGUAGGAUUAUUGAGACAAAUUUUUAAAAUCUCACAGCACAAGAGAAAUACAGGUAUAGUAAAUAUGACGAAUGUAUGUGAAGAAUUUUUUUUGUGUAUCAUGUGUCGUUAAUUGUGGUUAAUGAUGCAGAUAUGACUGUGAAACUACAAAAUAUUUUAAGUAACUAAUGACUUUAAUCAAACAUAAGUACUGGUCAUAAUUUGUAAUUAGCUAUAUGAAUAUGAACACUGAAUAGAACAAAGUUUGACUGAUCUAGCUGAGCUGGCAGUCUUUUAAGGAACUUCACUUUGUAAGGUAAAGUUUAAUUAAUAGAUAAAAUAACUGAAUGAAAUAUAUAUAUAUAUUUUUUUUAAUAUUGUAGUUGAUGAGUCUUUAAGAAUCUCUCAGAAAUAUAUGUUACAUAUGUGUAGUUCUCUGUAUCUUGGAGACUCGAAAGCACAAUUAUGUAAUGGUUGAGUAUUCCUUAGUGAUUGAACAUUGAAAAGACAGAUUUUUUGUUUUAUACUGUAUGGUCAUUUUUUACUGGUGACAUCACAAUAACUGUUCUCUCUGUGAUGCAAAAACAAAGCACAAUUGUAAUAUUAAAAAUAAACAUGUCUUAGUUGAUAUUUACAUUCAUUGUAUUAUGACUUGUACAGUUUUGGAAAUAUCAUCAUGACAUGCACUUAAUCUUAAAUCUGAAAGUGUAUGAAUAAUUAUCUGAGAAUAUUGGAAUUUGGGGCAUAACUAGGAGCUUCUUUGGUGAUGGAAACACAUGGGGCAGUAAUAUGCUAGUUAGUGAUUAUCUUGGUAAGACUGUUUAUUGUUUAGCUCGUGAUUUUCUCUUUCAGUGGCAUUUAUGUUGAGUCUACCGCUUCAUCAAUUGGUAUUUUUAUUUUCCUAGUUGUACUUAGGUUUUCUCUUAAAUUUUUCAGGCAACACUUUUUGGAUUCACGGGCUUCAUUAAUUGGUAUUUUUUCUAGUCGUAAUUUAGUUUUCUGGUAAAAUAUUUGGGCAGCACUUUCUAUGCUAAAAGCAAGAAUUAUAUUUUUUCUUAGCUUCCCGCCUAGACAUUUUUUUGGCAAACAUUGAGAAAAGUCAAAGACCAUGUUCAAUAGUAUUCAUGAAUCAAUUCACUACAGUUAAGUAGCACAUCUAAAGAGUUAAUGUUGUAGUAGCAUAUACUGUACAGUACAGUAUAGAUAAUUAAAUGUGUCCCCUCAUCCUUUACUGAUUCAGGUGAUGCUGGUGCUAUGAUCUGAUAUUUGAGGCAAAAUCCUAACCCAAAGUUGUAAGAAAAAAAAGUUGCCUUAGCCCAUUGAUUGUUAAUUGAAAUGAUACCCUUAGCCAUAACUCGUAACCAUAACUGAGAUGGCAUUAUGUGUUAUAAAUUAUUAGAAGAGUUAUCAUUAUCUCAUUAAACUAAUGAUUGAGUUAAUACCAAAAACCUAGAGGUUGUGAGAAGUGUUGUCAUUAAUUAUGUAAUCUGAUCUGAGGUGACACUAAAGCACACGUUAUCAGGUACAGUAAGUUAUAAGUUGCCAGUACUGUAGUUAGCCACUCCUCAUUCAGGGGCUGAUGUAGUUCAUUUUAAUUAAUAAUUAGAUAUCAUCAUGAAUCUUAUCAGUUAAGUCAUAUCUUAGCCUACUUGUAUGGUACUGUAUUUUCAUUUAUACAAGAAAACUACAACUACUGUAUCUUGAUUUCUUAAGUUAUAGUUUUUUCAGAUAAACUUACAUAUGCUUAUUGUUUGUUUGUUGUUAUAUAAUAUAUAUUUUUCUUAUUUUUCAAAGCACUUUAACGUUAUUUAAUAUAGUAUAAGUCUCACCCACAGUUGGCUUCAGGCUUCCUUACCUUAUCCCACAAAACCACACUUUCCAUAAUCAACAACAAAUCAUUAUCUUAAUUUUUUUUUUACAAAUAAAAUUAAAGUAAAACCAACAAAGUUAAAUUUAUUUUAAUAAAAAUAGGAUUUUAAGGGACCCUGGAACUGUUGAGGUCAAAACUUGAGCUUUAUAACUUUUUAAGAUUUUUAGCUUCAGAAAAGCUGCUUACCUGUACUGUUUUCAUUGAUGGCAUUAGCAAAUGAUAAUCUCUCAUGUUAAUAAGUUUUCAUUUAGUAGUACAGUAGUUUUAUAUCCCUCCCUAGUUAGUUUUAUAUUUGAAAUGUAACAUUGUCUUUGUGCAUGUACUGUACCUAAGUUGUGUUGUCUUCUAACAGAACUUGUUAAUUCAAUUUUUUUUUCAUUCAACAGAAUAUCUUAAAAAUUUUUGAGUUACUGAGUUCUGUUCUAUUAGUAUACUGUAUUCAUGAUAGAGAUGGCUUGGUAGAGUCUGUUUACCUUCCACAAUCUUCAGAAAGUUUGAAGGGCAAGUGAAAAGAGUUGAGAACACAUACUAACUUUUAUGUGCUAGUACAGUAUUUGAAAGACCAGAUAGUAUUUGGAUGUCAGUCAAAUAUUAUUGAUUAGCAAUACUGUAUAAGCUUUUUAUAUAUAGUACGCUUAUGUAUAUAUUUUUAGUUUUUUUAAAGGAAGAAAAUAAAGGUGUUUGGGUGCUACUAUAGCAUGUGCUCUUCAAAGAUAUCUUAAGCACCUGCGGUCUACGAUGACAUGACCUGACCUAACUAACCUCAUCUAGCCUAAAAAUACUAAAUCACAAAAUAAAUAUUGAUAGUAUUGCAGUUUGUAAUGUAAAUAAGUUGUAGACUGCACGCUAUAAUGUAAAUAUCUUUGUAGACUGCGCACUAUAGUAACACCGGUGUUUGUAUACUUCUUGAUCACCAGGCUGCUUUUACACUCGCACACUUUUGUUCAAAUAUUUGACCCCUCGUAAUCAAGUCACUGGCACAAGAUAGCUAGUUUAUGCACUCAACUCUUAAUAUUUGUCCUCCUUUUGUCCAAGCCAUACCUACAGUAGGUUUGCUGAUGGUGGUUAACAGCUAUAAAAUAAAUCCAUCUUGAAAACAAUGAUAUGGUUGUUACAAAUAAGAGCAAAGCAGAACACGAAAGACAUGUUGCACUAUAUAAUAAAUUGAAUGACUGAAAAUAUUGAUGAACUAAUAAAGAACAUGAGUACUCUAUUGCAGUAGGUCAGUGAUCUCAUAUUUGGAUCUCUCCCAUUUUGGACUCUAAGGCUCCAGUCAUAGUUCUCUAAUCUUUUUCUUGGUUUUAUCUAAACUUUUCAGGGUAUGAGAAGCAUAUGUAUUGAUUUUCAAUAUAAUAAAAAGUGAAAUUCAAAGUUUAAAUUAUCUUAAAAUCUGUCAAAUGUCGUUGGAAAUAUCUCUCUUAAAAAUAUAUUUAAUAAAAUUUAAGUUACUGUUUUAAAUAUUAUUAAAUCCAUUCCACAACUACUGAACAGUUCAAGAUUCAAAACUUAUGCCAUAUUUUGUUAAACAAAUCUCAUGUACUGUAUUGUAUAGUGUAGUUCUGAGUGAGGUAGAAUUAACAUUAAUUGUAUAUAUAGAUGCUGAGAAAAGACAUGUGUGAUAACAUC